AUGGCUGUUCAAGAAUCUACUACACGUAUCAGUCAGUUACUGCCGUCAGUAAACUGUGCCGAUUGUGGUGAAGCGGUGGAGUUUCGAAAACUUGGAGAGCAUAUAUGUAAGGCUGCUCCCGCCGUUCCCGAAUUGCCUAGCGUUUACAAGAAUAGUGCUAAAAGACCAGGUAACAACGUUUCAGGCAUAAAAAAACAAUCUAAUAACUCGAGACCUAAUAUCGACCUUUUGCCUGCUACUGAUGAGAAUUUACGUGAUAAUCGUCUGUUACCCCGAUCUCCCUCACCUUAUGAUGCUACUCCAUCUCCAACUGAUUCUGGAUACUCCAGUUAUUCAAGUAAAUAUUCAUCUCCACCUUCUGCAAGUUCUCCAAACGGAAACAAACCUUUUCUUCCGUUCAUGCAAAAAUACCAACAAGCCACCGGAAAACCAAUAAAUUCGCCAUCACAAACGUCGUCUGAACAGAGAGAUCGAUUACAGAAUAAUUAUAAUAUAAAUGGAAACAAUUAUUCUAGCAAAUUUUCAAAUAACUCUGAUAAUUUUGACAGCGAAGUAAUGCCAAAACACAGACCACAUGAUGCAUAUGGGUCAUCAAAUGAUAAUCGUAGUCAAAGACAGGAUCGCUAUUUGCGAGGUCCUAAUGACGUUUACAAUAAUGAUCAUAAGUAUCGAGAGGAAGAGCGUAGUCGAAGCAGAUCACCUUCGGGAUACGAUCGUACCAAUGAUCGAUCUGAUUACAGUUCAAAAUUUUCCCAACCUUCAUCAAAUCAGUCAAAUGGCACAAGAGAUUACGAACAGCUCUACAAACCUACUUAUGAUCAAGAUGAUAAUAAACCAUUGUACGGUUACGUUGAUUCUGGAAUGCAACAUUCUCACAAACAUUCACAAGAGAAAAAUAACGUUUCGCCACAAUACGUACCUCCGCUGUUCGAUCAGGGUGGUAAAAACCAUAGAAAAAAUGAGCAUUCAUUAUCUUCUUUAAAUUCUAGCACAUCUGGUCGUGUAAAGUAUCCAGAUACGAAUAAAGGAAUUUCUGAUGACUCUAAAGAACUCUUUGGUAGUGGAUUUGAUGAUUUGAUGGAAGACUUAAUGAGAGAGAUGGACAAUAUGCAAACUCCUGCUUCACGAAGUGAUGGUAUCGGAGGACCGUAUUCAGGCCAUGUGAAAAAUAAAUCGUCAUCCGGAAGGAAAGAGCUUCAUAUUUGUGCUUAUUGCAAUGUACCAAUUGAUUCUUCUCCAAUGUGGGCACUCAAUAAAGCAUGGCAUUCAUAUCACCUUCUUUGUACACAAUGUCAUAAACCUAUCGACCCAAACGUAGGACACGUCGAAAGAAAUGAAAAGGUAUACUGUCCAAACGAUUUUGCUGAUCUGUUUUUACCAAAGUGUCGUAGAUGCCACCUACCAGUAGAAAGAGAAGCUGUAAGUGCGAGCGAUGGAAAACUGGAAGGAAAGUGGCAUGUGAAAUGUUUCAACUGUCAUACAUGUAGUCAACCUUUUCCAGACAAAUCUUUUUAUGUUUUUAACAAUGCGCCAUAUUGUAAAUGGCACUAUCAUAAGCUGAACAAUUCACUCUGCAGAAAUUGUGAUGCUCCUAUUGAAGGUCCGUGCGCGCAGACAAUUGAAGGAUGGAGAUAUCAUCCAAAGUGUUUUGUUUGCCAU